AUGAAGUCCUGCCCGCGGAGACUCAGCUGUCUGCGUCAGGCUGCCCAAUGGCCAUUGCUCUUGGCUGCGUUGAUCUUCUUACUCUUCUUCUCUUUGCCCUCCUUCGUUAAAGAACCCAACACAAAGCCUUCCAGGGCUGCCUGGGCAGAGGGUGGCAGUGACCUCAGAAAGAAAACAGGAGUUGUCAAUGUCAACACCUUCUGUAGCUCCUCACAGCUCCUGACAGUCACUGUCACCGUGGCAUUGCAUGUUUACGACCUGCCAUUACCGUGUCAGCAGCUGCAGGAGACUGGCAGCUGUCUCUCGUCUGCCCCAGCAGCUCUCCAUGAGCUCAUUCUACACUGCUCGGUCCCGUCCGACACUGACACUGUUCUUCUCGGCCAGUUUCAAGAUGCAACGGACAAGCCACUGGCACCCCCCAGGGCUGUGUCUCCUCGGCACCAGAACCAACAGACAACUGCAGUAAAGAUGCUCACCUCUGAAGGUCCGGGCAAAGGGGGACUCCUUUCAACGACGAGUGGACAGGAGCGAAAUACCACCCCAGUCAUCCGGAAAACAAGCCCCCCAGUGACCACCAGGAUCGAAACAAAAGCCAAAUCCAGCUCACAAAGGGUCCCAGAACUGAAGGCUGCCAACUUUAAGUCUGAGCCUCGGUGGGAUUUUGAGGACAAGUAUAGCCUGGAAGUGGGGGGCUUACAGACGACCUGCCCGGACUCCCUGAAGGUCAAAGCCUCCCGCUCUUCGUGGCUCCAGCACCUCUUCCUGCCCAACAUCACUCUCUUCCUGGAUGCCAAGCGCUUCAACCAGAGCGAGUGGGACCGCCUAGAGCACUUCCCACCGCCCUUCGGUUUCAUGGAGCUCAAUUACUCCGUGGUGCAGAAGGUGGUGGCCCGCUUCCCCCCAGUGCCUCGGCAGCAGCUGCUCCUGGCUGGCCUCCCCGCGGGGGAGUCCGGAUGCAUCACCUGCGCCGUGGUGGGCAACGGGGGCAUUCUGAACAACUCCCGGGUGGGCCGGGCGAUAGACAGCCACGACUACGUGUUCCGACUGAGCGGAGCCGUCGUUAAGGGUUAUGAGCAGGAUGUGGGCACUCGAACGUCCUUCUACGGCUUUACCGCCUUCUCCCUGUCCCAGUCCCUUCUGCUGUUGGGCCGCAGAGGUUUCCAGCACGUGCCCCUGGGGAAGAAUGUCCGCUACCUGCAUUACCUGGAAGGUUCCCGGGACUUUGAGUGGCUGGAAGCCCUGUUUCUGAAUAAGACCCUUGUGGGGAAGAACUUUCACUGGUUCAGGCGCCGGCCCCAGGAGGCCUUUCGGGAAGCCUUGCAAUUGGACAGGUAUCUGUUGCUGCACCCAGACUUGCUCCGGUACAUAAAGAACAGGUUUCUGAGGUCUAAGACCCUGGACACGGUCCACUGGAGAAUCUACCGGCCCACCACAGGGGCCCUGGUGCUGUUCACGGCCCUUCAGCUCUGCGACCGGGUGAGUGCCUACGGCUUCAUCACCAAGGGGCAUGAGCGUUUCUCUGACCACUACUACGACAAGUCUUGGAAGCGGCUGAUCUUUUACAUAAACCACGACUUCAAGCUGGAGCAGGCCGUCUGGAAGAAGCUCCACGACGAAGGACUCCUUUGGUUGUACGAGCGCCCAGAGCCACCAAAAUAA